AUGUGGUGGGCUGUGCGUUGGCAGGAGAGGCAGCUGAGGUACCUGAAGCUGCAGGAUCAGCAGCAGCAGCAUCAGGACCAGGCGUCCGAGCAGGAACGGCUGCGGCAGCUCCGGGAGAACGCGCACAACCAGGAGGCCAAGCUGCGGCGGGUCCGGGCCCUGAGGGGCCAGGUGGAGCAGAAGCGACUCAGCAACAGCAAGCUCGGUGAGUCUGGAAUCACGUGA